GGCGGCCUCGCUGGGCCUCAGCUCCGUGGCGGCGGCGGCGGAAAGGCCGGCCCGCGCAGGCCCAUGGCGGCGGCCGCGGCGCUCCCGGGCGCGGGCGGGCCUCCCGCGGGCGGCGGGGCCGGCGGCGGCGGCGGGGCCGGCGGCGGGUCGCCGCCGGGCGGCUGGGCCGUGGCGCGCCUCGAGGGCCGCGAGUUCGAGUACCUGAUGAAGAAGCGCUCGGUGACCAUCGGCCGCAACUCGUCGCAGGGCUCGGUGGACGUGAGCAUGGGCCACUCGAGCUUCAUCUCGCGACGCCACCUGGAGAUCUUCACGCCCCCGGGCGGCGGCCAUGGCGGGGCGGCCCCGGAGCCCUCGGCCCAGCCCGGGCCCGACUCCGGCGGCGACUUCUACUUGCGCUGCCUCGGCAAGAACGGCGUGUUCGUGGACGGCGUGUUCCAGAGGCGCGGGGCGCCGCCGCUGCAGCUGCCGCGCGUGUGCACCUUCCGAUUCCCGAGCACCAACAUCAAGAUCACGUUCACGGCGCUGUCCAGCUCCAGCGAGAAGAGGGAGCCACCGGAGGCACCCGCGUCCCCGGGGAAGCCCGCACAGGCCCACGUCUCGCCCCUGACCAUCAGCAUUCCAGACUCCAUGGCCCACCUCCUCAGCCCCCUGCCUUCCCCCACGGGGACCAUCAGCGCCGCAAACUCCUGCCCAUCCAGCCCCCGGGGAGCAGGGUCUUCAGGGUACAAAAUGGGCCGUGUGAUGCCAUCUGACCUCAGUUUAAUGGCUGACAACUCGCAGCCAGAGAAUGAAAAGGAAGCUUCGGGUGGAGACAGCCCAAAGGACGACUCGAAGCCGCCCUUCUCCUACGCGCAGCUCAUCGUGCAGGCCAUCACCAUGGCUCCCGACAAGCAGCUCACGCUGAACGGGAUCUACACGCACAUCACUAAAAACUACCCCUACUACCGGACCGCCGACAAGGGCUGGCAGAAUUCAAUCCGCCACAACCUCUCUCUGAACCGCUACUUCAUCAAAGUGCCGCGCUCCCAGGAGGAGCCGGGCAAGGGCUCCUUCUGGAGGGUGGACCCGGCGUCGGAGAGCAAGCUGGUGGAGCAGGCCUUCAGGAAGCGGCGGCCACGCGGCGUGCCCUGCUUCCGCACCCCCCUGGGGCCGCUGUCGUCCAGAAGUGCGCCGGCCUCUCCGAACCACGCCGGAGUGCUGUCCGCUCACUCCAGUGGCGCCCAGACCCCCGAGAGCCUGUCCCGGGAAGGCUCGCCGGCCCCCCUGGAGCCGGAGCCCGGCACCGUGCAGCCCAAGCUGGCUGUCAUCCAGGAGGCGCGGUCGGCCCAGAGUGCACCAGGCUCCCCGCUGUCCAGUCAGCCCGUGCUCAUUGCCGUGCAGCGGCAGCUGCCCCCGACCAUCAAGCCCGUGACCUACACAGUUGCCGCUGCUGCGCCCGCCCCGGCCUCGCAGCCGCCCGUGGUGCAGACAGUGCACGUCGUCCACCAGAUCCCGGCCAUGACCGUCACCAGUGUUGCCGGGCAGGCCGUGGUUGCGCAGGCUGCCGUGCUGGCCCCCCCGAAGGCAGAGCCGCAGGAGAACGGUGAUCACCGGGAGGUGAAAGUGAAAGUGGAGCCUGUCCCUGCCGUGAGCCGGGUCGUCCAGGCGGCGCAGGGCGGCCCGGUGCAGACGGUCACCAUCGCGCAGCACACGCCGCUGGGCCCGCACCAGCUGCCGAUCCAGACGGUCACGCAGAACGGGGCGCAUGCAGUGCCAGUCCCUGCCGCUCACAGCCAAGGCGGCGGCGCGGCGGCCAGUCCUCUGCACAUGCUGGCAACGCACGCCUCCGCGUCUGCCUCCCUGCCCACAAAGCGCCAGAAUGGCGACCCCUCGGAGCAGCCGGAGCUGAAGCGGGUCAAGACCGAGGACGGCGAGAGCAUCGUCAUCGCCCUGAGUGUGGACACGCCCCCGGCAACAGUGAGGGAGAAGGGCCUCCAGAACUAGCGGCCGGGAGGGCUCGCCUGCUCUCCCGUCAACUCUGGUGCCAAAAGGAGACACUGCUCCUGCCGCUGGGGGGGCAGAGGGCCAACCGCAGGACCUGACGUCAGCGCUGCAAACAAAACCCAGGUGGCCUUACGACUCCUGCAGACGGAAGUCACCCCUGAACUCGAAAACCGUGCGGCCUGGUUCCGGCAGCGCCCCGCCCGGCGCAUCUUUUAACUCCGAGCAGAGACUUUCCGUCCUUCCGAGUGAGGAGGGCGCCUGGUGCGAGCGGGGCCGGGGCGGGCCCUCCACUCGGGGACGUGCAGGGGCCGCCCCGCCACCCGAGGACCCGAGGGGCUGGCAGGCGAGACAGUAUUUUGUUGUUCAUGUGGAAUUAGAGUAUUUUGAGUACUUUCUUUCUUUACGAAAUGACGGGGUCUGCGACAUUUCGGAGCACUCCAGCUCCCCUCGGGAGGUUUGGAUCACUGGCCUGUGGCGCAGAUCUCACGGGAGAAGAGAAGCCACGUAGUUCUGGCUGCUUCCAGCCUGUGCAAGGAUCUGCUUGUCUGGCUCAAGUUCCGGAGGAGCCACGUGGUGACAGCUGCUGAUGAAUUGACAGCUCCACGUGGGCGGGCCGGGGCCGCCGCGGGCCUCGCGGACGGACUGCGGACUCGCGGGCUGCACUUAACUGUGUCUCUUGCUCUGUUGUUUGUUCUGUGUGUUGGCCUGGUCCCUGGUCCAUUUUCCACUCUCAGUAAAGCGAGUCUCCUGAG